AUGAAAUCUGCACACGAUAACUCGCGGACGAUCACUGGGCUUGGGUUUGGGUUGGAGGGUCCGGUGGGACCCGUCCAAAAGCGGCUCCUUUACCAGACCGAACGCUUGAGAGCAGCGGUGUCGGGGUUACAGUGCGUCGAGGCAGCCUCAGCAGGAGCCGACGGCGCACACGAGGAUGCAGUCGCAGUUUGUUCAACAGCCUGUACUGUCGGCUACAUCACAGCUGGGAUGAUUGCAAAUAACACAUUUUAUUUAGGCUACAAUGCCACAGAGUUUGAUUCGUGUCUGAACAACACCGUGCUGAUCAACAACCUGACGUCCAUCACUUCUACAGUGAUGGACCCCAGCCUCCAGAGAGUCAUUCUGAACAAACUAAACCAGCUCUACCCAUCAGGCCUUCCAGACAGCGUGCUGAGUCAACUGGGCCCCACGUCUCUUGUGGCCAAUGUUACUGAGAUCAACACGUGGAUCAUCUCAAAGCAAAAUACGCUGUUCUUACUGAUGGUCUCUUCUAAAGGAGCCUGGACCUUCGAGCAGAGCAAAGCAGUGAUUAGGAGGUAUCUGAGUGUGACUAAUCAGGAUCCAGCAAAUACUGAUGUAUACAGAUUCGGCUCCUUCUUAUGUUCUUUUGAUAUCACUAUUCUCAAAGUGAUCACUCCUACCUACUUGACCCUUAUUGAGUACCUCUACACAUGCUCUGGUUAUCAGACAACAGCUCCGUGCAGCAUUGGAGGUACUGGCUACCUGUCCUCGUGCUCUGUUGAUAAGAAAUCAGUUCUGUACAGCAUGGCCAAGUCCGAACUCAGCACUGUGCUCACUGACCCCGCAACGUACUUCCAACUCAUCAGCUCUUACCUGGGUGGAGCUCCUCUUGAAGAUAUACAAGUUAUUUCUACUGGGAAUAUCAACAUGAGCAUCAACAUCUUCAUGAGCCUGAAUCCUGCUGUUGUCAUGAACCUGAGUGUGAGUACAGUGCGUGAUCUCUUAGGGGUGAAUGUUCGUGGUCUAAAGCAAUAUGAGAACUCUUCUGUGAUUCAUGCCUGGGUGGCUAAACAGAAACAGUCUGACUUAAACACCCUUAACAUUGGCCUGCUGGGGGGUAUAGCUAACUUCACUGAUUCUACACUCAUUCCUACAACCACACCUGUCAACAUCACUACUCCUAAAGGUUUGAGUGCCACUGCAAGUACCAGCACCUUUACUUCCAGCAACAACUCUAAUGUAAAUGCCCAAACCACCACUAGUGCUACAGUCACCGCAAGUGACAAAACCACCGUCACCAAGCUUGACACUGUCACUGCCAACAAUGGCAGUUUUGACACAACUGCCAGCAGCAUUACCACCUUAGGAAACAGGACUGUCAAUACCAUCACAAGUGUUGCAACCACUGCCAUCAUCAACACCACUGUUAGUAACAAGAUCAGUGACAACACCGCCAUCUCCGCAGUCAACAACACCAGUGUUGGUGCCACCAAUACAAGCCUCAACACCAGUGUCACUUCCACUGCCAGCUCCAGUACCACCAUCACCAUUGCUACUGUCAACACCAUCACUGUCAAUGUCACAAAUGGAAAUGUAAACAACCCCAGCAACAAUGCUACCACUGCAAUCCUCAACAUCACUGUCACUCCUACUACCAGUGUCAACAGCACCAUCACUUUUGCUAGUGUCAGCAUUGCCCCUGUCAAUACCACAACUGUCAAUGCUGACAACACCAGUGUCAGUGCCACCACUGCAAGCCACAACAUCAAUAUCACUCCAACUACCAGUGUCAACAGCACAAUCAACUUUGCUAGUGUCAGUACUGCCCCUGUCAAUAGCACAACUGGCCAUGUUGACAACAGCAGUGUCAGUGUCACCACUGCAAGCCACAACACCAGUGUCACUUCCAAUGCCAGUUCCAAUACCACUAUCACCACUGCUAGUGUCAACAUCACACCUAUCGGCAUCAUAAAUGGCAAUGUAAACAACUCCAGCAACAAUGUUACCACUGCAAUCCUCAACACCACCGUUACACCCAAUCCCGGUGUCAACACCACCAUUACCUUUGCUAGUGUCAGCACAGCCACUGUCAAUACCACAACUAGCCAUGUUGACAACACCACCACCAGUGCCACCACUGCAAUCCUCAACAUCACUGUCACUCCAACUACCAGUGUCAACAGCACAAUCAACUUUGCUAGUGUCAGCACUGCCCCUGUCAAUACCACAACUGUCAAUGCUGACAACCCCAGUGUCAGUGCCACCACUGCAAGCCACAACAUCAAUGUCAUACCCACUGCCGGUGUCAACACCACCAUCAGCUUUGCUAGUGUCAGCACUGCCACUGCCAAUACCACACCUGGCCAAACUGACAACACCACCACCAGUGCCACCACUGCAAUCCUCAACAUCACUGUCACUCCAACUACCAGUGUCAACAGCACAAUCAACUUUGCUAGUGUCAGCACUGCCCCUGUCAAUAGCACAACUGGCCAUGUUGACAGCAGCAGUGUCAGUGUCACCACUGCAAGCCACAACACCAGUGUCACUUCCAAUGCCAGUUCCAAUACCACUAUCACCACUGCUAGUGUCAACAUCACACCUAUCAGCAUCAUAAAUGGCAAUGUAAACAACCCCAGUGACAAUGCUACCACUGCAAGCCACAACACCAGUGUCACUUCCACUGCCAGUUCCAGUACCACCAUCACCAUGGCUAAUGUCAACACCACCAUCAGCACCACCACUGCAAUCCUCAACAUCACUGUCAUACCUACUGCCAGUGUCAACAUCAGCACUAGUGAUAAGACCAGUAUCAGCACCACAAAUGGGGCUCUCAACACUACACUACCAGGGAAAAUUACGUCUGCUCCCACUGAUGCACCUACCACUGGAAUUUCCACCAUCAGCACUAACGGUGCCACAGCAGCCAGCAGUGCCAUUACGAGCCCUAGUUUCAGCACGGGUGCAAGUACCAUCAUCACCACCACUGCUGGAAUCACCUCCUCUGCCAGUAGCACCAGUAUCAUGGCCACAACUACCACUAUCAUAACACCACAGAUCAUUUGUCAAGGUGUAAAUAGUCCUCUAAGGUUGCUGCUCUGA